GGUUGUGGUUGCGGCGGCGGCUGGCGCGGCGGCUGGCGGCUAGCGCUCGGCGCGGCGGCGCUCGCAGACGGCGCGGCUGGCGCGCGGCGUGGCGGCGCUCGCGGACUUCGCAGCGGGUCCUUCGGCGCCCGAGCGAGCUGGCCGGCGCGCGUCCGAAUUUGUGAAAGCGCGGUCGGCGAGAGCUGGAAACUAGUUGCGCCUGCACCUGGCUCGCGCGAUGCGCAGCGCAGGAGUUUGUUUUACGAGCGGGCGCCGCGAGGCCUCGUGUGUCUACGACGCUAGCUCUGUGGCAAGACAACUCGACGCUGGCCGCAACGACGGCACCAAGGUAUACGCCGGACGCAUUGCUCUGAAAAUUCAUCUUUCACAAGCUUUGAGCAGCAGAGCACCAUGUUCAAAGCAGCAAUGCUGGCAUCCUGCAUCCUCAGCACUACUACAGCACUGCUGCACCCGCCAGUGCCGCGCCACCCGUCGCAACUCGGGGCCAAGAAGCGCGACUACUCCGCCGGCGGCCUCGGCAGCUCAAAACAGGAGCAGUUCGCGCGCUUGUGGAGAGACAAGGACGCCCCGGUAGAGCCACCCGUAAAAGACGAAACGACCUGGGAGGCGGAAAUCGCCGCGUUUGAUGCCGCAGCAGAGCUCGUGCCCGACGCCCACUGGCGAGACAAGGGCCGGGCGGCCGUCGUCGAGGACGUGUCGAAGGCGGCCAUCACGAAUGAGAGGAGCGUCGCCGUCGCGGCGUGGGACGCGCUGCGUGGUUCGGACGGCGGUCCGUACACCGCGGACGACGCCUGGCUCGACAUGGACGGGCCGGCGCGGUCGCUGAUCCUGGUAGGUGGCAGCGCGCACGAAUCAACUUUUCUACCGUGUAUCGUCGCCGAGGAAUGACACCGUCAUCGACGCACACAGGUCGUGGGCGCGGUCGACGGCGUCGACGCCGCGGCGCGCGCCUUGCACGAUAGGUUACCGAGAAAGGUCGGCCGCGUCGUCGCGGUGUUUCCUACCGCGGCACAAGCGGCAAAGCGGCGGAAGCGCAUCGGGGGCAAGGUCGAGUGUUUACAUGAUGAUGCCGGAACCUUCGCGGCGGCCUGUGGCGUCUCCAUGGAAAGCGCGGGCAUCGUGGUGUUGGCGCCGCCGCACCCGUCGCCCGACCAACAUACAAUUGUCGCGCGCUUCCCGGCGGCGCUCGACGGCGUCGCGAGUGCUGUUGAAAAUGCCCUUCGAGAGAAGGGCGUGCUGCCGUCCGUGCGGCGGACCGGGUAAGGAUUGACUGUGUACUCGCGGCGACGGCGUGCCGGCACACGCGAGACGCGUCCGUCGGCAUCGACGGCGUGCCGGAAGCGCUCCAUCGCGGGCGCCGGACUGUUAUCUGGGCCGAGCGGGAGGCGUCCUCGCGCGGCGCCCGAGUCUCGAUUCGAUUGGAUUUGUGGUCCCCUGCACAUCCAACACCGAACUCGCAAUUACGGAGCGAAAGCGACAGCAAAUCAGCAGCCCCGAGAGAGCAGCGAGCAGCAAAAAGCCCGCAGCGCCCCCAGCCAGCAGCCCCCAUCAAAAAGAACGCUUCGCGCGCGAGACACCCACCAUGUCUGAUUUGGACUGCGACGGCCGUCCUUACGUCCGCAUGCCCCGCCACGCGCCGCCGCCGCCCGUCACGCCCGUCGACCCCUACGCCACGACGGAGCCCGUCCUCACUGACACUUUAGAACAGGCCGAAGUACCCAUUCCGCCGGCGGCCGGCGCCGCGGUCCUCUCUGAAUUAGUAGAUGGCGCCGCGACCGCGCCCUGGAAGGACGCGGCGGCCGAAGCGCUCCACAGGGCCGAGGCGCUGGAGGCGCGCCGCGACGCGUUGCUCCGAGGCCUCGAAUCGCGGCCGCGCGAUCCGCACACCGACAGGAUCAGGAGGCGCCUCGCCCUGUUACGAGCGGCCGUCGCUCGAGAUGCGGACAUCUUCCUGAGAAAGAAGCUCUCAAUUGUUCCAGAGAACGACCACGAGCUGGCCAAGAUUGGUAGUAGAGAGCGCCACGCGCAGCACGAUUUGAGAUUGG